GGAAAGCAGGCCGGUGCAAACAGUACGCUCGUUCAAAGAACGGUUGGAACAGGCAAUUAGCGGAUCAGAAAACCAGAAGAAAGGCAGGUGCUCUUAUAUAGACGUAGCUGUAAACCAAACAGUAUUAAGUGCAGGUAUCUGCUGGUUAACAAAAAGCAAUGGGCAAAAAAUCGAAAAAGCAAUCGCCACUUGUUGUACAAGUGAGUUCAGCUGUGCAACCAGAAAAGUCGGAUCUUGAAAUUGUGCCUAAGGCAGAAGGUGCGGACAAUAGUUUAGAGGUGUUUCUAUGGCUAACAGCAUACAGCGUGCUAAUGUUUACACUGCCUUUCCUUGGCUUCUAUGGUGUGCGCAGCUGGCUAGAUGAAUCCUUUCCCGAACUGAGCACAUUUGAGGUGAAUUGCUACUCUGUACUGACAGCCGUGCUGGUGGUCAAUGUAAUUGUAAUUAUGUAUGUGUUGAAGGCGGUCCGUGAGAAGGAUCCGCCUUCAUUGUCCAUUGAAGAUGUCGAUAAUAAGAAGGAUCAGUAAUAUAGUAUCACGUCAGACGUAAUAAAAACAGUUUUUGUAACGGU